UGAUGCUGCCCGGGUGAGAAGAGGUAAAAGCUGGAGCCCGGGGCCAGGUCGGGGCAGGGAUGGCCAGGAGACAUGGAAGAGGAGAUGCACUUGCAGAAGUAGAACCGCCAGGACUGGAACAUGGAGAGGGGAAGUCAAAGAUGACUUAGAGGUGUGGGGCUCUAAGGACGGGGGUGUCAUUGACAGAAGCACUGGAGUCAAGUGGGGGACAUUUGAGAAUAGAGAUGACUUUGUGAUGAGUCAGAAUCUAAGUAAUAUGGGCUGGGACCACCCGCUUAGAAGGUCCUCUUAUUUUUACCACCAUGGGCCAUCCUGAGUGGGAUUUAUGCAUGAGGAGGAACAGAAAAGAGAGAGAAAAUUAGCUAUAGUGUAAUUGAUUGGAGGCCUCGUGUGUUGAUCCAAAUGGAUCAGCCUCGGGGGUCUGAAAUGCAAGCCUGGAGGGUGUUUUCUUUCCUUCCUUUCUUAACAAAUUUUGGAUUUUCUUUCUCUUUUUUUUUGGUCUCACCGCAAGGAUUGUGGGAUCUUAGUUCCCCGACCAGGGAUCCAACCAGGCCCUCGGCAAUGAAAGCACAGGGUCCUAACCACUGGACCUCCAGGGAAUUCCCUGGAGGGUGUUUUCAACCCAAAUGACACAUCUUCAAACUUACCUGCUUCUCCAUGCAGCUCGCCCAUUUGCAAACUGGCCAGCCUCCGUGCACAGAGCAGCCUGGGCCACAGAACGGGACAAAACGUUGGGAGCCCAUGCUGGAGUGUUGGGUUUCCACCGAGCUUUACUGGGUUUACCUAUUUAUCAAAUCCAAAGCCACCGGCGGCUUUCUGCAACUGUUUAUUAAUAACUAUACCUAACACGAGCUCCUUGGGGUCAGCCGGGGAAGCCAGUCCUAGAACACAGGCUGGCAUCAUGUUCUGGACGUGCACCAGGCCGUCUGAGAUGGCCGCAGGGGAUAAGCGGCUCUUCCUGUACCCAGCUCCUUAAAAGGGAAGUGAACCCCACUGGACUCCCCUUGCCCAGUCUUUGCAGGGGGGCUGCCUGGCUCAGCUUCAGGGGGUGCAGGAGGAGACAAGAAAGAUGACGGCUUCUUCCAUCAGAAGCAGGUGGAGCUCCACCAUCACCCAGGAAACUAAGGCCCAGAGAGUACAGGAAACACUGACUCCACGUGGUUCUGCAAGUUGGAUUCAGAGCCGGGACCAGAAUCCUGUUUUCCUGGGGCCCCUGAGGCCAGGAAUCUUUCCACUGUGCUCCCUGAGUGUGUAAUUGCUGUUGUUCUCACCAAGAAUGGAGGCCGCAGCGUCUGACCUGUACUUUCUUGAACGCUGUCGUGGCUGUUACAGCAGGCAGGGAGCCGGAAGGCACACUGACCCAACCAUCUUGACCUAGAUUCCGGGUUUACGGAUCAGGUCUGGUUUGCUAGCGAGGUACACUGAGAGGCGGGCUCUUCUGUGACACAACCCAAGUGACAUAGAUGCUCCCCUGCACACUCGGGUGGGCAGCCGGGGCAAAGGGCGAACUCUUUGCCCGCUCUGUCAUUGGACACGCGGUGGAGACACCACGCCAGCGACACGAGCCCACAGCCACGAUGCACGCAGCGCCCAUGGAAACACAAGGCUGCCAGCCGCCGCCCUGGAGACGCUGAGUCAGACAGACAGACAGGCCGGCAGAGGAUGCUCGCGGCCCCAGCGGGAGGCAGCGUGUCUGUCUCUCGAGCCACGCGGCCGGACGGGCGCCCCCUGGAGGGCCGUGGAAGAGGAGCCCAGGCCACGAGCCCCGGGGCGCGGGGAAGGGGCGCCGAGAGCUACCAAACGGACGGACGCAGGGCCGCGCCGAAGGCCGGAGGGUCGCACAGGCGGACACCCGCCGGGAAAGCGGAGCAGCCUAGGGCGCCUCCCCGGCGGAGGCGGCCACCCCUCGGCAGCAGCGCGGAGGGGCGGGGGCGCGGGAGGCGGGAGGCGCCGUCGGGGCCCUCCCCCGGCCCCGCCUCCCUGUCGGCGGCCUCGGCCGCGGGCGCGUCGUUGGUUUCGGGUUGUCAGGCAGCAGCAGCGCAGGCGAGGCUGCGAGGGAGCCGGCGGCGGUGGGGCUGCGGCUCGGCCACGACCGCUGUCGCGGCCUGAGCCCUUCCACCCGCCGCCAGCAUGAAGGACAGCGGGGACUCCAAGGACCAGCAACUCAUGGUGGCGCUCCGGGUCCGGCCCAUCAGCGUGGCGGAGCUGGAAGAAGGAGCCACUCUCAUCGCCCAUAAAGUAGACGAGCAGAUGGUGGUUCUUAUGGACCCAAUGGAAGACCCCGACGACAUCCUGCGGGCGCAUCGCUCCCGGGAGAAGUCCUACCUAUUCGACGUGGCCUUUGACUUCACUGCCACCCAGGAGAUGGUGUAUCAGGCCACCACCAAGAGCCUCAUUGAAGGUGUCAUCUCAGGCUACAAUGCCACUGUCUUUGCCUAUGGUCCCACAGGCUGCGGGAAAACCUACACCAUGCUGGGCACAGACCACGAGCCCGGCAUCUACGUUCGGACCCUCAAUGACCUCUUCUGUGCCAUUGAGGAGACCAGCAACGACAUGGAAUAUGAGGUGUCCAUGUCCUACCUGGAGAUCUACAAUGAGAUGAUCCGGGACCUGCUGAACCCUGCCCUGGGGUACCUGGAGCUGAGGGAGGACUCCAAAGGGGUGAUCCAGGUGGCCGGGAUCACCGAGGUCUCCACCGUCAAUGCCAAAGAGAUCAUGCAGCUGCUGUUGAAGGGGAACCGGCAGAGGACCCAGGAGCCCACGGCCGCCAACCAGACGUCCUCCCGCUCCCACGCCGUGCUCCAGGUGGCCGUGCGCCAGCGCAGCCGGGUCAAGAACGUCCUGCAGGAGGUGCGGCAGGGCCGCCUGUUCAUGAUCGACCUGGCUGGCUCCGAGCGGGCCUCCCAGACACAGAACCGUGGGCAGCGCAUGAAAGAGGGGGCCCACAUCAAUCGCUCGCUGCUGGCCCUGGGCAACUGCAUCAACGCACUGAGUGACAAGAGCAGCAACAAGUACAUCAACUAUCGUGACAGCAAGCUCACCCGGCUCCUGAAGGAUUCCCUGGGGGGAAACAGCCGCACGGUGAUGAUCGCCCACAUCAGCCCAGCGAGCAGUGCCUUUGAGGAAUCCCGGAACACCCUGACCUACGCUGGCCGGGCCAAGAACAUCAAGACCAGGGUGAAGCAGAACCUGCUCAACGUCUCCUACCACAUCGCGCAGUACACCAGCAUCAUCGCCGACCUGCGGGGCGAGAUCGACAGGCUCAAGUGCAAGAUGGACAAGCAGGGUGGGCGGGGCCAGGCCCACGGCCGGCUGGAGCGGGGCGACAUCUGCCACAUCCAAGCCAAGGUCCAGCUGCACAGCGAGAAGGGUGAGCAGGCUGAGAUGGGACAGCUGCGGGAGCAGCUCAUCAGCGCCUUCCAGGAGCAGAUGGACGUGCGGAGACACCUGCUGGAGCUGGAGAACCACGCCAUGGAGGUGCAGAUCGACACCUCCCGCCACCUGCUCACCAUUGCAGGCUGGGAGCACGAGAAGUCACGCAGGGCACUCAAGUGGAGGGAAGAGCAACGCAAGGAGUCCUACACCAAGGACGACAGUGAGAAGGACUCGGACACAGGCGAUGACCAGCCAGACAUCCUGGAGCCCCCUGAGGUGGCCUGCGCCCGGGAGAGCAUCGCUGCCCUGACGGGGGAGCAGAAGAAGCUGCGAAAGCAGAAGCUGACGCUGGAGCAGCGCUGCCGAGAGCUGCGCGCGCGCGGCCGGCGCCUAGAGGAGACGCUGCCGCGGCGCAUCGGCUCCGAGGAGCAGCGCGAGGUGCUCAGCCUGCUGUGCCGCGUGCACGAGCUCGAGGUGGAGAACACGGAGAUGCAGUCGCACGCGCUGCUCCGCGACGGCGCGCUCCGCCACCGCCGCGAGGCCCUGCGCCGCCUGGAGCAGCACCGCAGCCUCUGCGACGAGAUCAUCCAGGGCCAGCGGCAGAUCAUCGACGACUACAGCUUGGCCGUCCCGCAGCGCCUGCAGGAGCUGUACGACGUGUACGUGCGAGCGCAGGACGAGGGCAGCCUGGAGCGGGCCGCCAUCAUGGACCGCGUGGCCUCUGGGGCCCUGCAGGACAGCUCCUUGCCCAAAAUUAGCAGAGCAGGAACCUUGCCGACCCCAGAGUCCGACCCAGAGAGCGUGAAGACGCUGAGCUCCGAAGCCCAGCUCCUGCAGGGCAGCUUCCUGCCUCCGAUCAGCACAGAGAGCUCCCCCCUAGGGUGGGGGUGGGACCGCAGUGGGACCAGCCUGGUCAACAGAUGCCCAUCCUCCUCUGCCAACCUCAGUGAAGCCAACCACGUGUCCAAGGCCGGUUCUGGGGCCUGGCAGGUGAAGAGCUCCUCUGUGCCCACCCCACCACCCAUCCAGAUUGGCAGCUUGGUGACGCAGGAGGCCCCCACUCAGGACAGCCUGGGCAGCCUGAGCGGCCGGAUCAACUCCUCCCCUGACAGCAGUGAGAACCUGUCAGAGAUCCCUUUGUCCUGCAAAGAGAGGAAGGAGAUCCUGACGGACACCAAGUGCAUCUCGGUGAAGGCUGCCCGGCGACGCUCUCGGGCCCUGGGCGCCGAGGGGCGCCACCUGCUGGCACCCAGCAUGGAGCGCAGCAGCCUGUCCCUGCACUCGCUGAGCGAGGCUGACGAUGCGCGGUCCCCCGGCCUGCUGGCCUGCAAGCGGCCACCCAGCCCCAUGCUGCAGCACGCUGCCAGUGAGGACAACCUGUCCAGCAGCACGGGUGAGGCCCCAUCCCGGGCCGUCGAGCAUCGUGGCGAUGGCCCCGGGCCCUGGCUGCGUGGCCAGAAGAAAAGCCUGGGCAAGAAACGGGAGGAGUUGCUGGAGGCAAAGAGGAGGAAGCGGAGGUCACAGUCCUUUGAGGUCACAGGGCAAGGGCUCUCCCGCCCCAAGACACACCUCCUGGGGCCCCAUCCCGCGCAGAGCAUCUCGGACCACAGGGUGCAAGUGUGCGGGCACCCAGCCUCUGGUACCCGGCAUCUGGGAAAGGUCUCCCUGCCUAUGGCCAAGGUCAAACUCCCUCCAAGCCAGAACCCAGGUCAGUACCAGCAAAGGAGGGAAUGGGAGGGGAGCGCUUGGUCAGCCCAGGGAGGAAGCAUGUGGAGCUCCCUGCCCUAUGGCUGCCCCUUGCUGGAAACAGGGUUCUUGAAGAAUAUUUGUGGGGCUGGCACCUUGGGGGUGUGCCCCUAGGGAGUUCAGAGCCACUGGGUGAUCAGAGGGGACGGAGGGGCAUUCCUCAAGCACUGCUCGUGGCCCUUCCCCUGUUGCAGGCCCUGGGGACUCCUCACCCCUCGCUGUCCCCUCCAACCCAGCUGGUGUUUCCCAGCGGGCUACCCGGGGGCCCCGCCUGCCCCAUGGCACAAGCACCCAUGGCAAAGAUGGACGCUUCCAACAUAACUGAGGGGCCCUGCCUGGAACCGGCCCUCCUGCCCCCAAGACUGAAUGGGGGGUAGCAGGAAAUGGGAGAUGGAGGCUGGGCAGACGGGGGUGCCCUGCGAGCAGGAGCUCAGGAUCUCAGAAGGCGGGGGCUCCUGAGACCCCGGAACGGUGAGGGUGCCUGCCCAACACUUCCGUGCUUGCGGUGCCACUGGGAAAGGGAGGUGAGCCCAGGAAGCACGGCGGGAUGGCAGGGCUCCCUGGCCUCCCAGCCCUGGACAGAAAACCCUGCUGCCAAAACCCCGUUCUGAGACCUGUGGCCCGACUUGGCCUCAGAAAUGGGGGGGGAGGGAACUGUUAAUGGGACAGGGCUCCUGGGCCCACAUCUGGGGCAGGAACAUUCCCAUGCUGUGCUUGGGGUCGGGGAGGGAAUCUGGUUUUGUUACUUAGCAGUGGCUUCCGCCCCCACCAAGCCCCCUUUUUAACAAUAAAAUCCCGUUUGAGUCUU